UGAGCGAGGGCGGGCGAGGCAGACGCAGACGCCGCCUGUGACAGUGGCAAUUCCCUGCGCCCCACAUCACAUUUGUCUGCCACAGCAGCAACAAGAGAAAAGCGAAAGGAGGGAGGGAGGCGGGAGGAGGGGAGCGGAGCUCCGCAACUCUUGGUUUCUGCGUGGAGGCUGCGUGUGGCUGGCGUCCCUGACCCCGGGCUUUUUGCACCGCAGUUGGCUCUGUGUAGCGCCCGGCGGCCGCAGGCUCUCCGCGGCCUCGUGGCGAGCGCGCGUGGGCGAGUGGCCGGGGACGGUCUGGCCUCAAGAGGGAAGCUGCGCCGCGCCCUCGCCCCCUCGCCCCCUCGCCCCGCGGGCCGGCGGAGAAGACGGGAAGUUUGAUUUGCAACUCCGAGCUUGUGGCGGAUGGUGGGACUCUCUGGCCCUGUGCAGUGGCUCACUACUGCUCUCCUGGAAGUCUUCAAAUCCCACCACCUAGGAAUUUUCCCCAUGAACAGGGCCAGCCACACAGACUGCAGAAAAGAUUGAUCUCUGGGCUGGUGAACAUAAUAUCUGUCCCAGUCAGAAAAGGAGAGAGGAAAUUAGCAGAGCGAUUGGUGGAGAAUGAUAUCUGUCAAAAGAAACACUUGGAGAGCACUGAGUUUAGUAAUAGGUGACUGCCGGAAAAAAGGGAACUUUGAAUAUUGUCAAGAUCGGACUGAGAAGCACUCCACGAUGCCAGACUCACCUGUGGAUGUGAAGACCCCAUCUAGGCUAACUCCUCCCACGAUGCCACCUCCCCCAACAACUCAAGGAGCUCCAAGAACCAGUUCGUUUACACCAACAACGUUAACUAAUGGCACGAGCCAUUCACCCACAGCCUUGAAUGGCGCCCCCUCACCGCCCAAUGGCUUUAGCAAUGGGCCUUCCUCUUCUUCCUCUUCUUCUCUGGCUAAUCAACAGCUGCCCCCAGCCUGUGGCGCCAGGCAACUCAGUAAGCUGAAACGGUUCCUCACUACCCUGCAGCAGUUUGGCAAUGACAUUUCACCAGAGAUUGGAGAGAGAGUCCGCACCCUCGUUCUAGGACUGGUGAACUCUACUUUGACAAUUGAAGAAUUUCAUUCCAAACUGCAAGAAGCUACUAACUUCCCACUGCGACCUUUUGUCAUCCCAUUUUUGAAGGCCAACUUGCCCCUCCUGCAGCGCGAACUCCUCCACUGUGCAAGGCUGGCCAAACAGAACCCUGCCCAGUACCUCGCCCAGCAUGAACAGCUGCUUCUGGAUGCCAGCACCACCUCACCUGUUGACUCCUCAGAGCUGCUUCUCGAUGUGAACGAAAACGGGAAGAGGCGAACUCCAGACAGAACCAAAGAAAAUGGCUUUGACAGAGAGCCUUUGCACUCAGAACAUCCAAGCAAGCGACCAUGCACUAUUAGCCCAGGCCAGCGGUACAGUCCAAAUAAUGGCUUAUCCUACCAGCCCAAUGGCCUGCCUCACCCAACCCCACCUCCACCUCAGCAUUACCGUUUGGAUGAUAUGGCCAUUGCCCACCACUACAGGGACUCCUAUCGACACCCCAGCCACAGGGACCUCAGGGACAGAAACAGACCUAUGGGGUUGCAUGGCACUCGUCAAGAAGAAAUGAUUGAUCACAGACUAACCGACAGAGAAUGGGCAGAGGAAUGGAAACAUCUUGACCAUCUGUUAAACUGCAUAAUGGACAUGGUAGAGAAAACAAGACGAUCUCUCACUGUACUAAGGCGAUGUCAGGAAGCAGACCGGGAGGAACUGAAUUACUGGAUCCGGCGAUACAGUGAUGCCGAGGACUUAAAAAAGGGCGGCAGCAGUAGCAGCAGCCACUCCAGGCAGCAAAGUCCCGUCAACCCAGACCCAGUUGCAUUAGAUGCACAUCGGGAAUUCCUUCACAGGCCUGCUUCUGGAUACGUGCCAGAGGAGAUCUGGAAGAAAGCUGAGGAGGCCGUCAACGAGGUGAAGCGCCAGGCGAUGACCGAGCUGCAGAAGGCCGUGUCUGAGGCUGAGCGGAAAGCCCAUGACAUGAUCACGACAGAGCGAGCCAAGAUGGAGCGAACAGUCGCCGAGGCCAAGCGGCAGGCGGCGGAAGACGCCCUGGCUGUUAUCAAUCAGCAGGAGGAUUCGAGUGAGAGUUGCUGGAAUUGUGGUCGUAAAGCGAGUGAAACCUGCAGUGGCUGUAACACAGCCCGAUACUGUGGCUCAUUUUGCCAGCACAAAGACUGGGAGAAGCACCACCACAUCUGUGGACAGACCCUGCAGGCCCAGCAGCAGGGGGACGCACCUGCGGUCAGCUCCUCCGUCACGCCCAACAGCGGGGCCGGGAGCCCGAUGGACACACCACCAGCAGCCACCCCGAGGUCGACCACCCCGGGGACCCCUUCUACCAUAGAGACAACCCCUCGCUAGACAUGAACUCAGAACUGUCGGAGGAAAGACAACACAACCAACACAAAACCAAUUCCUCAUCCUCAGAUGCUCAAAGUUGUUUUUUUGUUUGUUUGUUUAUAGAUGAACUAUCCUAUUUCAGUACUUCAGCAAGAGAGAACCUGACUGUAUCUUGAGGCGUUAGUAAAACAAAGGGCCAGUAACGGGUCGUAAUGACUUAUUGUGGAUAACAAAGAUAUCUUUUCCUUAGAGAACUGAAAAGAGAGCAGAGAAUAUAACAUGAAAAGAUAGAUUUGACCUCCUCCCUGUUAUUUUCCAGUAGCUGGGAUUUUAAACUAGAUGACCUCAUUAACCGAUGCUUUACCAAACAGCAAACCAAGAGAUUGCUAAUUGCUGUUGAAAGCAAAAAUGCUAAUACUAAAAGUCACAAUGUUCUUUAUAUAAAAUAAUGGGAAAAAAAAGAGGAAAACUCUCAAGGGCAUGAGCAUUGGCUACAGCGGUAGACAUUUUAACAAGAAGAUGAAUGGCGUCUGUGGGUUGCUAACUGAACUUUGAAGACCCGCUACAAAAUGUGCACAUGUGUAGCAUAUUGGAAGGAGACACAGAUGUUUGAUUUUUUUCCCUGUUUCUGAAAAGAAAUAAUAAUAUCCAGGUCAACAGAAUGAAAAAUGAAAGAUGAUUUGCAGUGGGAUGUAUGAAUAUAGCAGCAAGAAAAAAAUGCCAUAAUACAAAAGGCUCCUUUAUAUAUAUAUAUACAUAUAUAUGUAUAUAUAUGUAUAUACACAUAUAUACACACACACACAGAAGUAAGAGACUCAGCCUGCAGUUAAUUAGCAUUCUGGCAGCUUUGACAUCAGCCAGCUGCCCUAAAUAACCCUUCAACGUUUCUUCACUUUUGCCAGGUUCCACAGUGUAAGGACAUUGGGUCUAUUCCAGCUCAUUCAUUUUAUAUUGAAAAAUAAUUUUAAAAAAAUGGUGGCUCCAGCUCCAGCCCCUUUCCAAAUUUUUUCAACCCCACCCUGUUUGAAUUUUUAAUUAAAAACUAGUAGUUCUCUUGGUGUUAAAACACUUCUGUCCUGUGAGGUUUCCCAAUGGUGUUUUUCUUGUAAAUGUGUUGGACAAAUGUGAAGAUGCAUUGUAGUUUAACCAUAUGCCCACAUUUAGUCUCUAUUCCUAGUUGGUGAGAAACCUGUAUCUUUCCUAUGCUGCUUUUAUAUCUGUAUGUGUUAGUGAUAUAUCUCUAGUAGUUCGAAAAAAAGAAAAAAACAACUCUUUUUCGGUUGUCCUCAAGAAAAGAAAAGAAAAAAGGCUAUCUUUCGGAGCUGCUAUUUCACUCUCUUAUAGGAUUUUUUUUCCUGAAAACCAGCAUGCUUCACGGAAUGCUAACAUAUUGGUGUUUUUGUAAGAGGGAUGUACAUAAAUGUAUUUUGCACUGUCACAAUGACUCCCUAGGCAUGCUAUUUUUUCUUUUUUUUCCAGCAAACUCUUUUUAAAUAUGCUAGAACCAUUUCACCAAGUUUAGCUGUAGCAUAGAGUAGUAGUGGAAUUUUUCUUUCUUCCCUUUUUUUUUUUUUUGGAAAGUCAUUAUAGGGACUUUUUAAAAAAAUAAAAUAAUAUAUCCUACUUUUAAAAAAAGACAGUGCAUGCGUAUUGCUGUAAGGUUAAGUAUUUCUAAUUUUACAAAAAAAAAAAAAGAUAAAUCAUUAGACUCCAAAUGCUGAGGUGUAAACUGACAGCUUUAACACUGCUGAAUGCCAGGUUAUACAGUAUUCUUGCAAAAGGGAAGUCAGCCAAAGACUGAUCUGAUGGACCAAAAUCAGAAUUUUGAAAAGCACCAGUACUACUUUCCAAAUGAUCAGCAGGUUAAACAUGUUCAGCAAGGUAUAGUGUGAAUCCAUUAACCCUUCGUUGUCCAGGGUCCAGACCAGAACUACUUGUUAGUUUUGAAAACAGUAGCCCAGGAUGUGCUUGUGUGCUUUUGGGGAAAGUCAGCAGUGCUGCAGGCUGUGUAGACAACCAAAGUUUUCAAAGCUGGGAAGACACUUCUCCACAUACGUACACACAUCAGGCGUUUACUUAAAAAUCUAAAAUGAUCCAUUAGCUUUGGGUUUGUUUUUUUUAAUGUAGCCAUUGGAUACAGUUUUAAAUGGCUUUUAAGUGUCUGCAUGGAUGCGAUCCUAAAUCGGUUUGCUUGAAGUCUCUUAAACCUAAUGUUUUUUAGCAUUUUUCCCCCUGCCUUUCCUUUUAUAAGUUGGUUUUAGUUUUGUUUGAGUGGUGUUAUGUUUUUUUAAAACAUGGCUUUUUAGUUUAGAAAGUUCUGAUGAGCAAGUCAAUACAGCUCUCUGCAUUUGGAAGUCCGUUUGCCAGCACACCUGCUUACAGUGACGUGAAAGCACAUAACCAGGCUCUGAAUGGGUUAUAUUUUAUCAUGGUGCUCCCAGAAUCCUUUGACCUCACUCUGCUUUCUAGUCUGCUUGUGACACUGGACAGUCCUUUCUUACAGAGCUAUUAUAUGUUCUAGGCUACGAAGGGUUAAAUAAUCCCAAAAAUGAGGUAUGUCAUACCCACACGUCUUUAUCUCUAGAAGCUGUGAUGUCUGUGAAACA